CGUCUUCUACUAGUUACUCGGACACAUGGAAUCAUAACUGCUUCGGGCAAAAUCUACCCUGUACCUGCCCUGAACCGUUGAAAGAAUUACAGCUCAGUGGCACCGUCCUGUUUAUUAGCCUUCAAGGCUUUGCUCUUUGUGGCAAAGGUAACUAGGGUACCGGUAUAGAAGCCCUGCCUAUACGGAGGGGUAUAUCCUCUGGCAUUUCUGCUGACAGCUGGUGGAGCUCCCUCUGUUUCGUAUGCAAGGAAGGGUUACAAUUUUCCACGGUGUAAGAGGCAUCCAAGCACGGCGUAUAGCUGUGCUGGAAGCCUGUGGCUCACGCAUACCCUCACACCUCCAGCUUUAACCGACGUCGGUCCUUGCCAUCCGUCCCGAAUUGGUAAACCGGUAACACUUUUAUCGUGGAUUAAUCGCCGUUCCUCGACUUUAAUCAAAUACAAGCAGUCGGCCUCGCGGACAUGGGUUCUUGCCUGAGUGCUUGCGCCGAAGGAGGUAGCGACCAGCAGCGCCGGGCGAGUGCUGCUCACCGCAAGAGGUCCCGGAAUGCUAGCAUAACGUCUUAUUGCGUCCGCAGUCGACUUAACAGCAUUGCCGGCAGCGGACCGGUGCCCGAUUUCGGCAUCGGUUCGUUGUAUCGAGUCAUGGAGCUCCUAGGCGAGGGAGGCACUGGCCAGACGUGGUUGUGUCAGGAUUUGCGGACAGCACAGCGCGUGGCAAUUAAGUUUAUUGCCAGGCCGCUUGCCCAAGUCCUCAUACCCAUGGUCACCCAGGAAAUCCAGUUGCAAGCCCAGCUAAGCGAGGGGCACCUGGGGCUGGUGCGAAUGGAGUCGGCGCUUCUCAGCCGUACGCAUUUGGGCCUAGUCAUGGAGUAUGUGGACGGGGGCACCCUGACUCAGUACGUCACCCGGCGGGGCGCCACUCGCUCGGAGCGGGGCGGACUGAACCUAGACGAGUAUGAGGCGCGGUACUUCUUUAAGCAACUCAUCUCGGCGGUUGAGUACCUCCACAAGAACCAAGUUGCGCACCGAGAUCUCAAGAUGUGCAACGUAGUGAUGACUCAGCGGCGACCGCCCACCCUUAAGAUUUGCGACUUCGGUUUCGCAAAGUCGUGGGACGAGGAUAGCGUCAUGCACACUCGCUUGGGCACGCCCGUGUACAUGAGCCCGCAGCUGAUCAACUCUAAGAAGGAGGGCCAGGCUUAUCGCGCAACCGCCGCUGACGUCUGGGCGUGCGGCGUGAUGCUGUUUGCGAUGCUGCUCGGGCGCUUCCCCUACGACCACGCCGGGCAUCCCGACCCCAACAGCGACGGAGCCCAUGUGGAGGUGUUGGCCGAGCAGAUGCAAGUUGUGGAAGGCGAGUGGGCCAAGUCCCCCCGGCUGGCUCCGUACGUGGCCCUCCUCAGCGAGCAAUGCAGGGAUUUUCUCGCCAAGUUGCUGGAUGCUGACGAGGCCCGGCGCAUCAACAUUCCCUCCAUUCGGGAGCACCCCUGGUUCAAGGCGGCGCUUCCCCCGCACCUAGAAGAGGCGCUCAAGGAAGCUGAGGGGCAUCAGGCACGUCUGGACAGCGUCAUGAAGACCGCCAAGGAGGAGCAGCUCAAGCGCCGCAACGAUGCCGUGCACGACUUGAUCGUACUGGCGGGUCAGGAGUACAACCCCCGCUGCAACAGCGCCAACAGCCAACGAGCCACCCCUGCUGGCGUCAAGGUCAUCUUUGAGUGCACGGACGAGGCGGCGACGGAGCCCAGCAGCGGAGGCAAGGGCGACACGAGCACCAAAUGCCCGGCCAACGACAAGACCCCCGUUCCGAAACUACAACUGCCGUUGACACCCAUGAUUACAAACAACAAAUCCUCCAUUCCGGACGCCUCCGGCGUUGCUAGCGGCGGAGGCAGCGACAGGGAGGUGGAUGGCGAGGGCGACAGUCAGCAGUGCGAUGCGGAGGUGGUUGUCGUGGAUCUUUCCGCGGUGGCACAGCGAACCAAGAGUGGCGGCGUGAAGCCCAUGAACCAUUCGGACGACGAGGACACUGCUGAUAGCGGCCUCCAGUGCGACAGUGACGACACGGGGGCGGAGGCGGUUGGGCAGAAGGCGGCGUGUAGGAAGGGAUUGGGGCGCACAUGCAGCCACGCAGAUGUGCAGAUCGCCUUUGUCGGCCAGCUGGAAGGUUGCACCGAUGCGCUGGGUGCCGCAGUGUCUGGGCCGAAGGCGGAAUUUCCGGAGGCGGCACCGCGAGAGAACUCCGUCAUCUACCGCUGCACUGCCGAGGUGCCGGUGGCUGCUGUCGAGACUUCUGGAGAGGCCUCGGAGUCUUCCGAUAAGUCGUUCGAGUCUUCCGAUGCAGAGGAUGCUGUCGACGAGGUGUCAGCGGCUGCCAAUAAGGCGUCAAAGGCUGCCGCCGAGGCAUCUGAGGCUGCUGACGAUGAGGAGGAGGAUGCCGCCGAGGCGUCUAAAGCUGCUGACGAUGAGGAGGAGGAUGCCGCCGAGGCGUCUGAGGCUACUUGUAGUGCGGAGGAGGCUGCUUAUGAGCCGGCGGUGGCUGCUUUUGAGGCACCGGUAGCCGCGUAUGAGGCGCCGGUAGAUGCAUAUGAGGCACCGGCAGCUGCAUAUGAGGCGGAGUAGAGCAUGGCAGUGGCUGCGGUAGAGGCGGUGGCGUCGCAGCAGCCGGCGCCUGCGGCUCUGACGGUUGCGGCGGUGGCGGCUAGUGCGGUAUUUGAGGUCGAUGCGGGUGCGGCCGCUGCUGAGUUGGCGUCUCCACACGUCGGCCCUCCUGAGGUGCGCAAGACUGGGGAAGCAGCUGCAGGUUGGGAAAUUUGGGUGCGUAAGCAUUGCACCUACGAAGGCAGCGGAAGCUGCUGCCACUGCCAAUGUUGCUACUGCUGCUGUUCAGUAGCACCUACGAUUUCAUCACUGAGGCGCAAUUCAAGCAUCCUUAACGUAAGGCGAAACGCAGAUAGGGUUUGACCGGAUGCGCAUGAAUUCUGCCGCAAACGCGCGCGAUCAUGGCACUGGCGGAUGCAGCGUUGUUGUACCGUGCAGCGUGUGUUUUGUGCAUGCAGUACGGUUCUUGUUUACGGUGCUGCUUGCAGCCUUGUUUUGCUCCUUGUUUGGGAGGAUGUAGGCCUGAGAGAGACGUAGCGUUGCUUUUUGCAUUGCCUUUGUGAUCCCUAUGCUUCCAAGUGCGUAUUAAGCGUAUUACACUGCUAUAACGCAUCUACGACACAUAAAAAAGCGGAGUGCAAGAGGACGCAUGCGCCUCGUGUAUGGGCGGCCCACAAGCACGCUUGUCACGCCAUCACUAUUGGCAAACACGGUUUGCACUGAGGGGAGAUCCCAUAAUUGAUGUAUCUAUACUUAACCUGUAUGGCCUUUGCUUUUGUCACGUGUAUUACGUUGUUACGUGGUGUGCAGCGGGUCCUUUUCCUAUCCUAGUACGAUUAGUAGUUUGCAUGGGCGCUGCAUUGCAGUUUGGCGGUGCUUUGUAGGCAUCACGGGGCCCUUCGUUUGCGGCGGGGCAUGUGGGUUACGCGUGCUGUUAAACACGUAUGGAUGCCUGGAAGACACCAGGAAAUGUUUAGCAACAAGGAAUGGGCUGCUGCAGGAAAGCUCGGGAAGAUUUUCGCUGCGUUGUGUAGUGUUUAAACGUUUUGCUGCGGCAUGGACGGAGGCAGCAGGUGGGUUUGGAUGGACAUGCCGCUAAUAAGACUUCUUGAAACAGAGUGAGGACUUGUUCGAUUGUCGUGAAAGAAUCAAACUCAAUGCGCACUAUGCGGUGGUGGUUUGUGGGCUUGGGAGCGGGACGUUGCGUUACUUGUGUGCCUAUGUGCAUGUGUUGAUAGAAACGUGUUUUAAAGCACGUUGGUGUCUGCGAUUGAUCCGGUUUUACCACAUAACUCUGUUUCUGCUGUUGACGUACAUGCAUUGCGUGGUUGCUUUGCUGUGGAAGCUUGAGCGUGACUGCCGUACCAAUCGCAAUCAACCGACAUAACCGAACCGCAAGGACAGCCGGGGCGUGGAUGUUUUGUGGCUUGCGGCAGGGCUAAAGCGAGCGGAUGGAUGAGGGCAGGCUGUAUGUGCUAACAGCUGAUGCUGCUCUUCGUCGCGUCGCGGUAUUUGAGGGUGUACACAUGGGAUGCGUGAAUUGCGUCUCCCGUAAAGCUUGGAAUGGGCUUCUAUAUCUUUGUGGUGCCGUAAGGCGAUUCCAAUACGAGGUGGUCUGCGGUUCUUGCGUUACGUGGACAUGAACGGGGUUUCGGUUGCAGUUCAGUGCGUGUAAACAUCACAGGCCGUCUUUGCUGCCUUUGCUUCUGGUAUCGGGUGUUAAGUCUGGGCUGCUUGGGCCCUCCUCUUAUGUGUAGCUUAGUUUCCUUAAUGUCUAACUCAUCAGUCGGAACGUGCCGGGCACGUUUUCCUAGGAUGGAUACGUAGAUUCCAUGCGCGUCGUGUUCUUACUGCCAAGUGGCGUUAUCAUGCUGUUUCUAGGUCAGGUACGGGUGUACGGCAAUACAGUUAGAGGUCUGUUACGUAUUUUGUACCUGCGUUGGCAGCAUGGAGCGUGGAAUCAACGCAGGCGUUUGGGUGGGGCCAGAGUAGGACAUGGGAAGAUAAUCACGAUUUGGUUUUGGGGAAGGCGAAUGUGUUCAGGAUGCUGAACUCGUGGGGAUAUAUGCUGGCUUGGAUAGCGCAGGCAGAGGAGAAACAAGGAGAGGUCUCUGCUGGCUAUUUGGAAAAGUAAGUAAUAGUAAUGAAACACUGUAUCAAGCCUGUUUAUUUACGAACAUUACUUGUACGACAUUGAGGUGCAUUUCAUGGUUCUGUCCGCCGCGGUUAGGGCUAUGUGGGG